ACUUGGGGCUUGGCCCCGGCCCUAGCUCGUCGGCGGUGUAUUGGGGCGCGUGGAGGCUGCAGUCACGGUGGCGCCUGCGGGGACGGAGGAGGGAAUGAGUGAAGAGGAGCGAGGCUCCGGCACUACCACGGGCUGCGGGCUGCCCAGUAUAGAGCAAAUGCUGGCAGCCAACCCGGGCAAGACCCCGAUCAGCCUUCUGCAGGAGUAUGGGACCAGAAUAGGGAAGACGCCCGUGUACGACCUUCUCAAAGCCGAGGGCCAAGCCCACCAGCCUAAUUUCACCUUCCGGGUCACCGUUGGCGACACCAGCUGCACUGGUCAGGGGCCCAGCAAGAAAGCAGCCAAGCACAAGGCAGCUGAGGUGGCCCUCAAACACCUCAAAGGGGGGAGCAUGCUGGAGCCAGCCCUGGAGGACAGCAGUUCUUUUUCUCCCCUAGACUCUUCACUGCCUGAGGACGUGCCGGUUUUUACAGCUGCAGCGGCUGCUACUCCCGUUCCAUCUGCUGUCCCAACCAGGAGCUCCCCCAUGGAGGCGCAGCCCCCGGUCUCUCCUCAGCAGUCUGAGUGCAACCCGGUCGGCGCCCUGCAGGAGCUGGUGGUGCAGAAAGGCUGGCGGUUGCCUGAGUACACGGUGACCCAGGAGUCUGGGCCAGCCCACCGCAAAGAGUUUACUAUGACCUGCCGAGUGGAGCGUUUCAUUGAGAUUGGCAGUGGCACGUCCAAAAAGCUGGCAAAGCGUAACGCAGCGGCCAAAAUGCUUCUUCGAGUGCACACAGUGCCUCUGGAUGCCCGGGACGGGAACGAGGCAGAGCCCGAAGACGAUCACUUUUCCAUUGGUGUGGGCUCCCGCCUAGAUGGACUUCGGAACCGGGGCCCAGGCUGCACCUGGGAUUCUCUGCGGAAUUCGGUGGGAGAGAGGAUCCUGUCCCUCCGCAGCUGCUCCUUGGGCUCCUUGGGCGCUCUGGGCCCUGCCUGCUGCAGUGUCCUCAGUGAGCUCUCUGAGGAGCAGGCCUUCCAUGUCAGCUACCUGGAUAUUGAGGAGUUGAGCCUGAGUGGGCUCUGCCAGUGCCUGGUGGAGCUGUCCACACAGCCGGCCACCGUGUGCCAUGGCUCUGCAGCCACCAGGGAGGCAGCCCGUGGCGAGGCUGCGCGCCGUGCCCUGCAGUACCUCAAGAUCAUGGCGGGCAGCAAGUGAAGCCACGGCAGGACUCAUGAAAUACAUCCUCUGCUCCCUGCUCUUCCUGCGCCCGGCCUGUGCGCCUGCCCAGCUCUGGUACCCCCUGGAGGUGCCACCUCUACCUCUGACACAGACUGCAGGCUGAAGAAGGCACAGGGCCAGGAGCCAGGGACCACAGGGCCUCAGCUGGCUCAGGUUCUGCCGUCAUGUAACUGGUGAUGACCAAGGGGAAUGAAACUGGGGGCUUUCCCAUUAAGAGCCCCAAAUAAAUGUGCUGCU